UUCAUUCAACAACUGAGCGAAUCGUUAAUUUUGUUCUAACUUUAACAACCGUAUUACGCUUCCAUUCCUACCGACUUAUAUUGCCGGCAUUACUGAAAAGCAGUAACGCUAUGGUGACAGAUGACAAUUCUGUAGGUAAGAAAUGUCGGAGUUUUUAAGAAAUAUUUUAAUGGAAUUGAAAAUCUAAAAUAAUAGCAAUGCCGCCUGAUUCUUACCUUGUGGAGGUCCUUCAUUACUUAAAUCCACAUUUAAUAUGGAUCGAAGUGAUAGAUCCGUCUGUUGCGCAAGGGGACAAAUUUAUUUUUGAGCAAAUCGGUAUUUAUGGAGUCCUGCCUGUGGAUCUUACAUUAGAUGUGGAAGAAGAAGACCUAAAGACACAAGUGUCGGAUGUAUGGUUACCAGCGGCGUUAGUCACAAUUAAAAAGGCACUUGCUGACGCAAUAGAAGUGAGGUUUUGUCCCACAUACAUUGACCGAAGAUCUUCAAUAUUUGAUGACAAUAUUCAUAAAUAUGGUGAAUUAUUAAUAAAAAGACAUGAUAAAAAAUGGAAGCGAUUAUCAAAGACUUUAUUAAAAGCAAGCAUUGCAGUCUACGACAUGUGCCUUUUUCACCAACAAUUAGGUUUGGGCAAAUUAAACACAAGGCUGAAAAGCUCAGAGUCCCAGGCUGUGAUACAUGCCAUAGAAAAUUAUUAUUUAAAAAAAAAUAUACCCAAGAAAAAUUGGAAGAAAUCAGUAGAAGAAAAAACGGUAGUGAGCCAUGCAGCACUAGAAUUAGAAUCUGAAUUAACUGCUAUGAAUUUACAAAAGCACAAUGAUGUAAUGCAACAAAUGCUGCAAAAUAAAAUUAAUGAUUUGGAACUUUGUAAAGGUAUAGAUGAAGAGCCAUUGGGUAAGGGUUUCAAAGGUAAACAACACAAUGUUGCCAGAGAAAAAAAUACUAGUGAGACAUUACCUACAAAUCAUGAAAAUAAUGUCAAAGCGACAUCAUUGAAGAAAAAGUUAGAAUUAAUGGCAAAGAAAAGUAAUAGCCACAAAAUUGGCCAUGAACUUAAAAAUGAUCCAAAACAAAUAUUGGCAAAUACAAAAAAGUUUUUAGAACUUAAUGCUAAUAAAAAUCUUGAAAGAGAAGAAAAUGAAGAAAUGUUAAGUAAAAAUGAUAAAGAAAAGACAACGGUAACGAAAAGUUAUUACGAUGGUCAGACAUUUAUUAAAGAAAAUAAAAAUAUUCCAGGAACAAAACAACUGAAAACACCUCAAAAAAAAUGUCCUGUGAAUGAAAAAAGAGUAUGUUAUGGACCACCUGGUAUUUUACCAACAAAGUUAUCAGUAAAAGUAUUGGUUGAAAAUGUUGAAGAUCCACCAAUUGCCCGUGUUGAUAAUCAAGUAAAAACUGUAGAUAAAGAAGAUAUUUUUGCUAACAUAGAUUCAGGUUUAAAUGUAGAAAUAACUAAUAAAAAUUGCCUGAUGAGUAUUAAGCAAAAUUUUGAAAUAAAUCCUAAGUAUAAUGAUGCUUCAAGAUUGAAUCAGAGAGAGAGUACUUCAAGUAAAGGAAAUGACAGCCAUAAUUUAAAAGACAAGUCAGAUUCAGAAACAAUCAAAUCGUCAAAUAAAGUUUUACAGAAAAAGUUAAUGUUAUACGAAAGGAAAAAAACAAAUUUUCUAGACAGCUCUUUUACUUCAUGUUCGGAAACAUCUAAUAAAGAUUCAUCGUCUUUGGAAGAUUUUAAGGUCAGGAAAAAAGAAGAAAAAAAUGAAAUUCAAGAUUCAGACGAUGAAGUUAUUAAGAAAAUCAACGAAGAAUACUCACCUCCGAAUGUAUAUAAAGAUUUUGAAUGCCAAAACAUAAACACAGAUAUACGUAUGAAAAACUCCGUGAACCCUUUCAAAAAUAUUGAUCCAAACAUAUCUAUAUUUGUAGAAAAACUGGUAACACCAAUAUUAAUGGUACAUACAAAAAUGAACAAACGUAUAGAACCUGUUUUCAAUCUUAGGGAUGUAAACUUCAAUGGCAAUAUACAAAUGGUUUUAAAAAAUAUGUCCAUUGAAAACCCUAUGAUGUUGCAAACAAUAUCUUGGUUCUGUAUAUUACGGGGAUACAGUACAUUUAUGAUAAGUCCUGUAGGUAGUGGUAAAACAAUGGGUUAUUUACCAGCUAUCUGUCGUUUGAUAUCUGAUGUUGAUAUAGAUAAUUCAGAAAGUGUUGGUCCAAAAUGUAUCAUAAUAUGUGCAACUGCUAAAUCUAUCGGUGAAGUUGAAAAGAUAUCAAAAAUGUUUUUAAAUGUGAACAAUAAGGUGAUCACAUGUUUUGCCGGUGUUGAUGAUACAUUGUUAACAACUUCAUUGUUAAAUGGCUGUGAUUUAUUAAUUACUACCCCGUCUUACUUAGUACGAUUACUACAGGUCACUGACUUCGGUGUUGAUUUACGUCGUCUUGCAACAAUUGUGAUUGACGAUUGUGAGAGAUUAAGUGAUGUUUACAGCAAUGAAUUGAAAUAUAUAAUGCUGAGAAUUAAACAAACACUUAAAAAUCGGGCUAAUAAAGAGUUGAAAGUACAAUAUGUGGUAGCAUCAAGAAUUUGGUGUGAUUUUAUGGAACCAAUAGUAAAGAAAGCCCCAAAUUCUGUUGUAUGUAUUGGUGCGUUCCAGGAAUGCGUGCUUUACUCAAAAGCGGCAAUGUCUGUUAAUUUUGUUUAUGAUAACUCUAAGAUGCAAGCUGUUCAUGAUUUUCUUAACCAAAUCGACGUUACUAAAAGAACUGUAAUAAUUUGUGUUACGGAUGAUGAAAUAUUUUUAUUAAAAAAGGCUCUGGAGGAAUAUAGAAAUUCAGUUUUCACCUGUGAUAGUAGCAUGACUAUUCAAGAUCUGUAUAAUUUGAGAAUCACUUGGGAUGAAUACGAGGAACCAUUGUUGGGCCCAAUUCUAUUAUGUUGCAAUGACACUUUGGCUCAUAUGAAUAUUACUGACGCCCACCAUUUGCUUAUUUAUUCUCUUCCACCAUUGUUCUCUACAUUCUGUAGAUGGUUUUCAGUUUUAAAUGACAAAUACCCUUCUAUAUUUAAAUCUGACAAUGAAAUUGUGAAAAUUAAAAUAUUAGUUGAAGAAAAAAAUUUGGAACAGUUGCCAAAAAUGCUUAAUUUCAUUAGACGAUGCACUGAUAAUGCAUUUCCACAACAUUUAAAUAACAUCUGUAAAAACAUUAUGGCUGAAAAAGAAAAAGCCAAAGCCUUAAAAUUUGUACCACUCUGUAACAAUUUACUUGGUCUGGGUUAUUGUCCAGACUAUUGGAAUUGUCACUUUAGACACAAUUUUGUGGUAGAUGUUGAUAUAAUAAAAGAAUGGAUGCCAUUAACUGGCCAAAUUACGUUUAAAAUCCUUCAUUAUCACUCCGCGGUAUGUUUUUCAGCCAGAUUACUUUCUAAUACAGUGAACGACUCAACCGAGAAGUAUCCACAAACAUACAGUACGCUUUCAUUAAAAAUGGGAAUGUAUUAUAGCAAGGAAUCUAACAAGAAACCACUCGGUACACCAAAGAUUGGUGACAUUUGUGCGGUUUCUUUGAAACAAAACUUUUUUGCGAGAUGCCAAGUCAUAAAGAUUUUAAACAAAUAUAAAAAUGGUAAUCCUAAUUCUGUACUAAUCAAACUCUUAGAUGAAGAGAAGAUUGAAACCACAAGGGAUAUUUAUUUGUAUUAUAUACCGGAUAAUCUGAAAAUGAUAGAAACGCAUGUUGUUCAAGUGAGACUGGCUAAUAUACAGCCUAAAGAUAAAGAUGUCACGUAUUCCGAUCUUGCCAGAGACCAACUUAAAAGGAUAACUGAUGAAGAUGAAGAGCUUUACAUGAGAGCAGAAGUAGCCAUGUCUAUUGGAAAUUGUGUUUUUGUAGAUACAUUAGAAGCUUGCCAGGACUUGGCAUCUAUAAACCAAACGGUCGUAAAACAUGAUUUUAAAUCUGAACUUCUAGAGAAGCAUGCCAUACCAAAUAUGGAGCAUUUAGAUAAAAUUAAAAAGCUUUAUGACGACAAAUUUGAAAUUACAGUAAAAACGGAUACUCGUAAACCUUUAGAGCCGACAAAACCUACAACGAUUGGAUCAUGGGCAUAUUUAGAUAAAGACGAAGUGUCAUUGGUGUUAUUCGGAUGUGCUUUAAGUCCAAGUAAUUUCUUUGUGCGUCUUCAAAAGUUUGAGUCGUGUUUAAAUAUGUUAGUAAAGGAUAUACAGAAGUUUGUUGCUGAGAAUCCUAAACCAUUGAGUAAUAUCAAAGUGGGUGAUAUUGUGUUAGCUAUGUUCCCAGACGACGAAACAUUUGAAAGAGCUCGAAUCGAUAGCAUCAUUGACAAACAUAAAGUACAAUGUUUCUUCGUAGACCAAGGUGAUUGGAGAGAGGUGUCCAAUAAGAAAAUAAUAGCUAUUAAAGAAGAAUUUGUAUCAAAGUUACCGUUUCAAGCAAUCGAAUGUAGUCUCAUAGGUGUUUUACCUGCUGGAGAUGAAUGGACAGAUUUUGCAACAAAUUGGUUCUCGAACAUAUGCUUUGAUAUUGACAAUAAUCAUAUGAAAUCUUUAUAUGUAAAAUGUUUUACAAAAUAUAAAGCUGAAUUUACUGGUGGUAACAAAUAUGGUGUUAUAAUGAUUGAUAGCAACAAUGAUGAUGAUAUUGUUUUAAAUCAAGUUUUGAUUGACGUUAGUUUGGCAAAAGAGAAUGAGAGUGAAUUAAAAUAUUUGGAUGAAUGUGAUCCGAUCAAGAUGAGAUUAAAUUCUUCAAACAAUGAACAGCUCACUGAUUCAGAAGUAGAAAAUGAGGAUAGUUUUGCAAUGUGUAAGACUAACAGUGUAGAAGUAAACAAUACGUCAACGUUAGACUCUAUUUUCAAGCAACCAAUAAGAUCUGUGCCUUUGGUAGGAUCCGAUGAUUCAGAUGAUUCAGAAUGGAAUAUCAAUAUGGCUGAAGAUUUUCUGAAAAUGUUCAAACCUUUUACUAAAAAUAAUGACUGUAAAACAAAUGAUGAUAAAAAUUUACCUGUAAUUAUGAAUGGGACAGCAAAGGACGUAAACACGUCCGAUGAAAAGCCUAAAAACAUUUUACCAAAAGAAUCCCAAUUACAAAAUAAUACCAAAGAAUUAGAUUCCGAUGAUUUAACGUCACCAGAAUCAUCUGAUAUUAUAAAUACACCAGAGAAAAGUGUCAUAAAAUCUCUUUUAGUUACAGAUAAUAUACGAAAACCAAAGGUAAUUUGGCGUCAAAAUAAAAAGUUUGUAUUCGUUAAAGUCAAUCUUAUAGGUUUACAGAUGUAUGACGUUAAAAUUGAGGGUAGAGCUAUAAGUUUUGCAGCAAAUUUGAAUGACGUAGAUUACGCAUUCGAUAUCGAACUGUACGGGGUAGUAGACGUUAUGAAGUCUUAUCAUUGGAACAAAGGACAAUAUGUACUUAUGAAAUUACAUAAGAUAUUAAAUAAAAACUGGUUGACAUUAACAAAAGAUGGAGAAAUAAGGAAAUGGAUUGUGUAUGAUGUUGAAUCUAUUGACGCAUCGUCUGAUGAAGACAUUAUAGAAGAACAUAAUAAGAAAGCUAUGUUGAAUGCAAUACAAAAUAUUUAUAAUAAACAGGACACAGAUAGUGAAGACGAUGAAUUCAGGGAUGAUCUGAACUAUGGAAAUAUAAGAAACAAUUAAGAUGCUUCGAUUUUUUAAUAAACAUAAGUUUACGUGACUUAUAAUUCGUAAUACAAGUAAAAAAAAAAUACAGACGAAUUGAUAACCUCCUUUUUGGCUUCCGACGAAAAAAUAACCAAUAGAAUUGCAUGUUUUUAACUACAAUUUAGUGAAUUUGGGAUUAACUACGAUAAGUCUCGGUUAGUUGUUUCAGAAUAUUUACAAUCUAAACUUACUCCGCUGGCGCAUCGACCCAAAGUGGGUCUUGGCCUCCGACACAAGAGAUUGCCAAUGUCGCUUGCCUUGCGCCUUCUCCUGCCAGUCCAUCGCUUGUAGCUUACGCAGAUCCAGCACUACGGCGUUUCGCCAGGGGCGUACAACCUAAACAGACAUAGAAAAUUUGAUAAACAUGACAAGACAACUUCAGUUGGAUCUCGGUGACGCUUUUUUUAAUAAGGUCACAUAACUGUUGGUCUAAUUUUUUAGAGUAUAGAUCUCAAAGUUUCAUGAAAAACACAAUUUUCUUGCAAUGUAUUUUUGUGACCUAUGUUUAUACUCAAACAGUUGGUUUUCAUUGCCGAAAUAAGUGUACGAAAACCUUAAAUGUCCUUUCGAUCUCUUUGAAGAGAUAUGUUUUGAUACAUGUAUUUCGGCAGUGUAAACUUACGGUUAUUGAAAAUAAGAUACUGUUUGUAGGUUUAUUAGGUUAAAACUAACAAUCGUAUGAUCUGUUUAUAAGUAUUUUAGUUUCCAAUAUUUCAAUAUAAUGUUCCUUGUAUAUUCUAAGUUACUAUUAAAGUCUAUACAAAAGUCCGCCUGCACUAUAAGUAUAGGAUGAAUAAGAUUUUAUUUUGUUUCUAAUAAAUUUAUUAAAAAAAAUAACUAAGACUAACAGUAGUGGACUUAUAAAAGUUGACGAUCCAAAGCCUAUUUUCAUCAACAAACUACACUUUCUAAGCUCUCUCUCUCUCUGCCUAGCUUGCAUCCCAUAAAGUGGUGGGGUCAGCUUAAAUUGGUAAAUUCCAGAAUAUUUCCUCACAAUUGUUUUACAAAAUAAAUAAAUUAAGUAACGUAAUUAAGCAUCUAUGUAAGGAAUUUGACGAUUUUCUACGUAAUUUAGACGUAAAAUUGUAACAAACAAGAAAGCGUCACUAAUAAAGCAUUCUUUGGAGUCUAAAAUUGAUGUAAAUAAUAAAGGUAAUUUACUAUAUUCGAAAUUGUCAUUAGUUUAAGACCAAUCAUGAAGUAAUGAUUCAAUGAAUGACUGUUUGAUUCAUUAUUUCUACAGUUCAAGG